CUAAGAAAUUUUACAUACAACAUAUGUACAAAUAAAUACAAGUGAUAGUUUUCGACUUGAAGUUAUCAACACUUCGAAACAAAAUUCACUACAAAUAGUGAUCGAGAGAAAGUGUAAGUGCGUGUUUUCCUCUUUGUUUUCUGUUUUUGGGUAUAAAUCUGGUGUUUCUGUUGUGAAAGAUGCUCUAAUAAGACGUUCAAUUGUUCAAGAUUCAACCUAAACGUCAUGUACACGACUUUUGAAGAAGAAAGACAAGAAAUCAGAAAAAUGGAGCAAGAACUUAAGCCAAAGAGAGAACAAAGCGAAAAAAAGCUACUUGAAGAAAAUGGUGGUCGUUCCAAGCAGACAUUUCGGAAACGACCUGGAACGACGGACAAAGGAAAAAAAUACGAAGAUAUGGUUGCUGCCAACAUCGUACUACAGCUGGUAAGCGACAGUGAAAUAAAAGACUUUUAUAUUUCCUCGAACGACGAAGAGUUUGGGGAUUUUGAUGACGUAGUUGUCGAAAUUGAAACAUGUCAGAGGAUCGAAACGAAAGCACUACAAUUAAAACACACUAAUAACAAAAGACAAUUAACUACAAAUCAGCUAGCAAGUAAAACGGGGAACUUCAGUAUAGUUAAAUAUUUCAAUUCCGCCAAGAAAAUACUGAACAAAACGCACCAAUUUAUUUUGUUCACAACCAACGGACUGGAAAUUUCAGACGACACAAAGUUUAAACUCGACGGAGAACAGUUUUACUUGAAGAUUAUUAAAGUGAGACAUUUAGAAGACAGUUUCGACAUUUUAAGAAUUUCCAAAAAUAUAGAUUUUUAUUAUAAAUUUCACAUUAUAGAAGACGAAUGGACUCGACAAAAUCCUGAAAAAAUUCAGCAGUAUCAAGCAUUCUUCAAGAGUUUUCGUCUGUAUACCAACCAAGAAUGUUUAGAAAUUCUUACAAAAUCAACAAUGAACAGAUUUACUGAGAUGUUUUUUUCUAACGAAGAAACUUUCAAGAAAUACGUCGACGUCAUCUCAGAGUGGAGUUUGAAAGAGGGAAGGAAAGAAAAACUAAGCAAAAAAAUAACGCAACGUACAAUCGCACUUCGUCUGCUUUCUUCUCAUCUUGAACCUUUUGUUUUUGAUUUAGUCAAUGACAAAAUGAAAAUUCUUCGAGACGCGAUUUACUUGUUCGACAUUACCCUGUUGGAAAAAGAAGACAUCAAUGUAGUUAACAAGUUAUGGGGCGACUUGGACAAAAGCAUUGACCUCAAGAAGUUAAACAAAGUUCGAUCUUGCUAUUUUCUUUCUGAUGUCGAAGAUCUAGAUGCCAUUAUGAUGAUGCAAUUGUUAUGGUUGAUGAACAAGUGUCCGUUAAUCGUAAAAGAUCACGAAAAUAUCGAAAAAGCUCUUCAGCUUUGCCCAGAUGCAAAAUUUAUUAUACUUGGUGAAGGAAAAUGUAGUGAAUGGAUGAAAAAAUAUUCGAUAUUUCAGAACCUGUCACAGUUAGAGUCAAAACUUGAAUCGUAUGAAAAAGUGUUAGAAAAUUUUACCAUUUCUUUGCAGGGAAAGGACGAACUUAAUUUGAAAACUGCAUUAAAAGAAAAUGAACAAUUUAUAAGGUACUUAACUGUGAACAAUCUUUUACGAAUGUCAAAUGGUGCAUGCUACAUAAAUGGGCAAAAGGAAAAUUUUCCUAAUCUCUAUAUCGAUAGAUAUUUAUCAGUCAAUAUUAUAGACAUUAAAUAUUUACAACAUGUUGAUCAAAACACUGUUAUUAUUCUAAAUUGCGAAGAUAACUCUGAGCGACUAAAAAUAUCUAAAAAGCACACUGUAACAGAUAUUGACGGUUUUUAUAGUAAAACAAAUCCCACAAUUUUUGAUACACCAAUUUUUAUAAUGAGUAAAAAUAAAUGUAGCGAAUCUGAAUUUCAGAAAAUAUGUUCUAAAACACCCAAGUCCAACUCUGUACAUUAUUUUACAUUUUUUAAUAACAAUUUAGAAUGGGGUCGAAGUAGAGGCGAUGUUAGCGAAUUGCGAAAUUAUAAGUUACCUAAUCAUUCCAAAAACGAAAACGAAAUUUGGUCUUCCGAAUUCAGCAACAACAUUAAUUUAGUAACAGGCGAUCCGGGAAUGGGCAAAACUGAGUUAACGAAAAGUCUAAAAAAUAAGUGUUGUUUUAAAUAUUGGACUGUGAUUAUCAAUCCUGCAGAUGUUAACUUUUUCUUUAAGAGUUUAGGGAACUGUAAAAUAUCAGAGUACGUGGAACGGUUUGAAACUUUCGUUUUGGACGAAAAGUAUAAACAUUGCAGACGUUUCGAGAUAGAAUUUUUCAAACGGUGUUUAAAACAAAACAAUAUAAUUUACGUCUGGGACGCUCUUGAUGAAAUUUUAUCGAAGAAUUUAGACGCCACUUUAGAUUUGAUUCUCAGGUUAUCACUAAAAGGGGCCAUUCAGUGGGUUACGGCUAGACAACACUUGAGAAAUUCGCUUGAAACAAAAUUGAAUGUGCUUUCAAUGAGCAUUAAUCAGUUCAGCGAGUCCGAACAAGAAGACUAUAUUAGAAAACGUCUUCAGUAUUUGGUUUCAUCUGCCGACGACAUGAAGAGAACGAUGGAGAGAAUUAAAUCUACGUUUGAAUUGACACAACAUAUAGAUAUAUUGGGAAUUCCGCUGCAAAUUUUUAUGCUCACAGAGGUAUUUCGUCAAAACGAAGAAACAUAUUUGAAAUUACUGAACACUACGUUCCUCUUGACAGAUUUGUAUCGUCAUUUUAUUGAAGGAAAAUUUGAGUUUUUCUACGGAGGUAAAGUGCCUGUGAAAGGUGAUUACUGGGAAGAAGAAGUCAGGAAGAAAAAAGAAGAAAAAUUAAAGCACUAUGAAAGGUUUGCGCUUGAAUUAAUAUUUCCUGAGGAAGUUUUGAAACAGUUAAAGAUAGAUUGUCUGCAAGAUAUAAAUUCGAUUUCUGAAGAUCUCGCAACUGUUGGUAUCGUUACUGGAGUACAAAACGGCAUUCCGCAAUUCGCACAUGUGUCCUUUGCCGAAUAUUUUGUUGCAUUAUAUUUUUCUAAAAAUUUUGAAAUGAUACGCAAAGAAGUGUUUUUUGGUCAAAAAUACAAUAAUGUACGUUUUUUCUUCGACAUGUUAACUGGUAAAAACUCACCGGUCCACAUCGCAAUUUUAUACAAAAAUUUUGAUGAAAUGAAGUACUACGACGACGAAAUAAUAAAAGGUAAAGACGACUGUGGAAGAAGUGCCUUACAUCUUAUUUGUUCUUGGGGACAAAGACAAGAGCGUUUAACGGUACAAAACAAAUUGAUGUGUUACGUUAUAGAGGCAAAAAGGGCAAUUAGUUGUUCAGCAGAAACGAAAGAAUAUUCUAACGCGCUAUUCUUUUUGUUAGAUAAAUGUGAAAUAUUAGAACAAGAUUUAUUAUACAAAAUCACACCUUUAGCAUGGGCACGAGAAAGUGAAAGUUUGGGUGCGGAAUUGCUAUUAUUGCAAUCACGCAAAUUGCAACUAGAUCGAUCGUAUAGUCCAAGUGAUAGAAUUAAUCUUCUAAUUUUUGCUGCUUUUCUCGGAUACGCUGAAGUGGUUAAACUGGUUGUUAAAGAAAAGUUAAAUAUUUUUAAUAAUGAACUAAAUUGUAUUAUUAAAUUCGAUAGUAGUACGCCUCUUAUAGUAGCUUCUCGAGAGGGACACGUAACAGUUGUAGAGUACUUACUCAAAUGUGGCGCUAAAAUCAAUGGCGCUGAUAAAUAUGGUCGAACACCCUUUUUCGAAGCGUCCUCGAGUGGCCAUGAAAAAACUCUGGAAUAUCUAGCGAAAAACGGAGCCAACAUCAACCGUUCUGAUAAAUAUGAUCGGACACCGCUUUUCGCAGCGUCGUCGAAUGGUCACGAAAAAAUUAUCGAAUGCCUAGUGAAAUGUGGAGCUAAAAUCAAUCACACGAAUAAAUACGGUCGGACACCUCUUUUCGUAGCGUCUUUGAACGGUCACCAAAAAACUGUUGAAUGCCUAGCGAAAUGCGGUGCCAAAAUCAAUCGCGCUGAUAACGAUGGUCGGACACCACUUUUCGCAGCGUCCUCGAACGGUCAUGAGAAAAUUAUUGAAUACCUAGUGAAAUUCGGAGCCGCAGUCAACCACGUUGAUGACAGUGGCUGGACACCACUUUACGCAGCUUCCUGGAACAAUCACCUAAAAGCUGUCGAGUGCCUAAUGAAGUGCGGAGCCGAAACCAAACGAGUUGAUAAUGACGGUUGGACGCCACUUUUCGCAGCUUCCUGGAACGGUCACAAUGAAACCGUUGAAUGCUUAGCUCAAUGCGGAGCCGAAAUCAAUCAUCCUAAUGUUGAUGGUAGAACACCACUUCACGCAGCUUCCUUGAACGGUCACCUAAAAACUAUCGAGUGUCUAAUGCAACACGGAGCCGAAAUCAAUUGCACUGAUAAUGAUGGUAGAACAUCGCUUUUCGCAGCUUCCAGAAACGGUCACAUUAAAUCUGUUGAAUACCUAGUCAAGCACCUAGCCGAAAUCAACGCCGCCAAUAAGGAUGGUUGGACACCGCUGCACACAGCUUUAUUCAAGCGCCACGGAAAAAUCGUCGAAUACCUAGUGACACGCGGAGCCGAAAUCAAUCGCGGUAAUACUGAGGGCUGGAUACCGCUUUACACAGCUUCCUGGGACGGUAAUGAAAAAACUGUGGAGCUUCUAUUAAAGUGUGGAGCCGAAAUCAAUCGCGCUAAUAAUCAUGGUCGGACACCGCUUUUCGCAGCGGCCGCGAACGGUCACCAGAAAAUUGUCGACUGUCUAGUGAAAUGUGGGGCCGAAGUCAAUCGCGCUGAUAAUCGUGGUCAGACACCGCUUUUUGCAGCGUCUUCGAACGGUCAUGAGAAAAUUGUCGAAUGUCUAGUGCAAUGUGGGGCCGAAGUCAAUCGAGCUGAUAAUCAUGGUCGGACACCGCUUUACGCAGCUUCCUCGAAUGGUCGUAAAAAGGUUGUGGAAUGCUUGGUGAAAUGUGGAGCCGAAAUCUAUCGAGUUGAUAAUGAAUAAUGAUGAUACUGUCGAAUGCUUGCGCAGGGACUGGCUUUUAAUAAUCUAUCACUGUUUGGGGUCAUCUUCGACCACUUACACGUUGCGUGGACAGGUUGAUUUAAAAUAAUUAAAAAUUAAAACAACAGAGCUUUUGCACGACUAAGGUGGCCACCGAUUCAGUCGAAUAAACAGCAUGAAAACAAAUAGUUUUACAAACCUCAGAUUGCAGAGUUUUGGUCCUAUGUGCAAAAUAAGAGAGGGCGCUUGAAAAUCCCAAGUUCUGUGAAAUAUGAAAACUUUGUAAACUCUUAAUUGAACUCGCUAGUUGAUGUUGUCAAUCGCUUUAACACGUUAUUGAGUAGAGUUUACAUCGAAUUAUAUUGUUGAUAACCAUAGUGACUGUUCAUAUCUGUUACACAAAAUUUGUUUUUUGAUACCACAGUUAAACUCCAAACAUAUUUUAACUCUUUUAUUUUGAGCAGAUCGCUCUUAAUCUUAAUGUGGAAUCGCUGUAAUCAAAAUGUGCUUCUUAAUUUAGUUAAUGAAAGGUCUUUGGUGAGGAGAAGAAAUGUGGCUAGUUUAGUAUUCAUUCAAAAAAUAGUUAAUGGCUCAAUUAGGAGUGAAUAUUUACUUAAUCAAAUAAAAAUAGUUGUCUCUAAGACUGUAAGCAGAUCGCCACUUACCUUCUUCUAUAACAUACCAAAAACUUUUCACAAUUACAACUCGCCAAUGUUAAACUGUUUCAAAUUAUGGAAUUGUAUUCAAAAUAAAAUUGACGUUUUUGAUGAUGAUUUGAGCAAACAUAAGGUUAAGGAUCAAUUACUAGACUACUACAUGCAGCGUUAAUAGUAUAUUUUGUUUAGUUUUUA